AUGGCAAUCCUUGGUAUAGGGGCAGAUAUUGUCCUAAUUCCUCGUGUCUUCGCUUUCUUACAACGUAGAGGUCCUGAAAAAUUAGCACAUCGCAUCCUUUCCGAUGUAGAACUUGUCCAUUGGGAUGCCUCGCGUUCAGGUAGUGAAAUCAAACUCGAAGAUGCCCGGUUUUUGGCGGUUCGAUGGGCAUUGAAAGAAGCCGCCUACAAGGCUUUGUAUCCUAAUUAUCGUCCAACUUGGAAGGAUCUCACUUAUUAUCCUCUGGGCGCAAUAAAACUCGGUUCUAAGCCGGUUUUAUCUUUCAAGUAUCAACAAGAUCUGUCUUUCCAUUGCUCCGUCACCCACGAUGGAGACUAUGUCUUCGCCACGGUCGUCGUUGAAAAGUAA